AUGAAGACAGCCAGAUGUGUCUACAACAGCCAAUCCGCCCUUUACCGGGUUUUCGUGUCUCCCCUUGAGUCUCUUCAAUCAAAACUGGCAUCACGAAGCCUCGCGCUCGCCAGCGCCCAUGCUCGCAAGAACGGGUCACCUCCGAUUACGCGACCAUCAGCUAUCCGCACUCUAUCUACGACACGCUUCCUCUCGGCGCCUCCCCGUCCCUCAGGCCCGACAGGCCCCGGCGGCCGUCGCGGCAAGGUGGCCCCCGACCGUCUCCCGCAAGACCUCGAGAUCAAGGACAAGAAGAUCAUGCUCGUCGACGACGCCACAGGCAUCAAGGGCCCCUUUCUGACGCGCGCCAUCAUCGAAGACCUCGAGGAGGGCUACUCGCUCCGCAUGAUCAAGGCCGCGACCCCGCCGGACCCGAAGAAGCCCAGCGCCGACGGGCAGGCGGCCAAGGCACGGCCCGCGCGGGCGGAGGUGCCGUUCGCCCUGUGCAGGAUCGUGCACGCGCAGGAGGAGAGGCUGCGGCUGCUGGCGCAGGCGAAGGAGAAGAAGGCGCGCGAGAGGCAGGCGGGCAAGCUCAAGGAGAUUGAGCUCAACUGGGCCAUUGCGGCGAAUGACCUCGCCAUCCGUAUGGGCAAGCUCAAGGACUUCCUCGGCAAGGGGUGGCGGGUAGACGUGACGCUGGCGAAGAAGAAGGGCUCCAGGAAGGCGACGCAGGAGGAGAUGGCGGCCGUCGUCAAGGCUGUGGGGGCGGCGGUGGCCGAGGUGCCGGGGGCCAGGGAGAGGAAGGCGAGAGAAGGCGAGCUGGGCAAGUCAUUCCGUAUCUAUGUCGAAGGUGUGGCACCGAAGGAGGAGGUCAAGGUCAAGGGCAAGGCGAAGGCAGAGGCGGAGGCUACCCCUAAGGAAGCUCAGGAAGGCGCUGAGAGCUAA